AUGAUUUUUCCUGUCCGUACAUUUCCUGCUCUGGCUACUCCAUACUUUGCGCACGAAUUCAGAGCUGGGUUCUCUAGCAUUCAACUAAUUCGACUCACAGUCCGGCCCUUGCGUGGCGUCAUAACAAUCAGCGCUGGGCGGCUACACCGUUCAGAUGCAGUCGGCUCAUCAGUACAACCAGCAUUAUCAACGCCGGCAAAGAGACGUUCAAUAUCCGAUCCAUCCAGUUAUCUUCGCUCAUUAAUACGUGAGAAAAGGUGUCCCUCACGAGCCGUGCACUUAUUUCCCCCAAGCCUUGAUUCGCCCGGCGGGCGGGCGCGGUCUGGUCGUUUGAGAACCUUGAUGUCCCGUCCCAAUCUGCCCGCUCUCCAACCACGCAAGGCGACCAACCUUGAUGGCCUCACAACGCGCACGAGUCACGGCUCAGCGCGGGCGGGCUCUACUACCUGCUCUUCGCGACGGGCCGUUGGCACACCCAAACGGCGGCAUGCGGCCCCCCUUCUCCUCUCACCCGGACCCAAGUUUUUGUGUUUCUUUGCUCGCGGGCUCAUGACUGAGACACUGACCGGUUUUUCGUCCUUGGGUGGUGCUACUGGUGGUGGUGGGAGUGGUGGGAGUGACGUGUGCAAAGGAUAUAAGGCUCGCCUUGGGCCCGCCUCCCCGGUCGAUUCUCGAGAUCUUUCCCUUCCUUUUUGA